AUGGAUACCCAACAAGAUGAUGUGCCUACAACAAAAGUUGCAAAGACACGUAGGGUGUGGAGGAAAUCCGAAGAGGAUGCCCUCAUAAAAUGCAUGGUUACGGAAAUGUGUGACAAAUGGAAGGCAGAUAAUGGGUUUAAACCCGGGUUCUUCACCCUCCUUGAGAAAGAGAUGGAGAAGGUGAUGCCGGAAAGCAAACUUAAGGCCUCCCCCCACAUUGACUCCAAAGUCAAGUAUUGGAGACAAACAUAUGCCAAAUUAACCGACAUUCUAAAACUUAGUGGCUUUGGGUGGGACCAUGUCAACAAAAGGAUUGACGUGGAUAAUGAGGUGUGGAAAAUUUACGAACAGGCAUACCCUAAGAAGGCAAAAGAGAUUUGUGGGAAGCGUUUCCCUUACUUUGAAGAUUGA